GCGGGGUUGCGUGCGGUUGAUGGACAGGUUUAGUAGGGAAGUGGGCGGCGCUUAGAACUGGUUAGUUACUCGAAGCUCCGAGACUCUCUCCACCAGACACCGGGAGCUGAGCUCUUCUCUCCGGCGACCAGCUGCUUGAACAUAAAGCCGCCACGAUGGGCAGAAUCUUCCUGGAUCACAUCGGAGGGACCCGUCUGUUCUCCUGCGCCAACUGCGACACCAUUCUGACCAACCGCUCUGAGCUCAUCUCCACCCGCUUCACGGGGGCCACAGGCAGAGCCUUCCUCUUUAACAAGGUGGUGAACCUGCAGUACAGCGAGGUCCAGGACCGCGUCAUGCUCACCGGCCGUCACAUGGUGCGAGACGUCAGCUGUAAAAACUGCAACAGCAAGCUGGGAUGGAUCUACGAAUUUGCCACGGAGGACAGCCAGCGCUACAAGGAAGGCCGCGUCAUCCUAGAACGAGCCCUGGUACGGGAGAGCGAGGGCUUCGAGGAACACGUACCUUCCGACAAUUCCUGAAAUGCUCUUUUUUUUCCAGCUUUUUUUCUUUUGUAGUCCCUCAAGUUAAACCAUGCAACAGAUCUCUACAGCGUAUUUGCGUACACCGUCACGUCACGCGAUGAGACACAAAGGAACGACGAGCGAUCUGCCAUCUUUUCUUUCUGCAUUCGGGUUAUUUACCAUUUCGAGCAUAUGUUCUACCAAUGCCGUCUUAAAUGGUCUUGGUGUCCAACGGGGACUAAACUGCCCCCCACCGACACAUCAGCCCGUCCCCCCCAAACCACCAUGUUGAUAACUUGCAGAUUCGUCAGCUUUGAAAUAUACAUUUACGUGUCGCGGACUUGCGCCUUGUGUAUGAGAUCCUGUGUUUGUUGCCGCUUGCGCUGGUCAGUGCCUCAUUAAGCAGCUGGGGGUCAACGGGUGAGUCAGAUGGGGUUGUAUUUUGGGGGGGAGUGGGGUGGUUGAGGGUUACAUCUGUCAAGCUCCAGCAUAUAACCGAGUUACUUUCAUGAGUCUAAUGUGAUGCAGGUGGAGUGGACAUUUAAAAAAAAAAAAUUGAAUUGCACCAAAAGUUGUUUUAUGUGUGUGAUGUAGAACUUGCUGGCAGUGUAAUAAAAUAUAAUGACUCGG